AGCUAUCAUUUUUCCAACUUUUAUCUGUCUAAAUAAUUAUACUUUUUAAACGAUACCCAAAGUUUAUUUUAUCCCGGUUCUAGAUCUAUCUUUUACCUUUCCUAAACUUUUUGUUUUGUUUUUUUUAAUUUCUUUAAAAAUUGACAAAAAUACGAUAAAUUAAACAAAACUCAUUUUUACAAUUUUUAGGAAAUUAUAUUUUGUUUAAAUUAAUUUUUAAAAUAUUUAAUGUAAAUUAAUAUUAUCAUAAAUUAUACCAUCUUUGUCAUAAAAAAAACGAAGAGAUUCAUACAACACAAUAUUGAUAUCAGUCGAUCUGUUCAAUGAAAUGAGAUACAUUUAUAAUAUAACCUAAGCUGCGUUUCGUUUCACGCAUAACGCAUUGUUCAUUGGAAUCAUUAAGAGACAGUAAACAAUUAUUGAGAAACAUCGAGUCUCUUAAUGAUUCCAAUUAAACGCGGAAUACUUUCAUAUUAAUCGGAAUCAGUAUUAUCAUUGAAAGAUAGUACAUUGAUAUAGUACUAAUUGAUAAAAUUGUAAAGAUAACACUGAAAUCUGUGUAUUACUCACUAUUAUUCAAUAUAGAUAAUAUUGAUUCUGCAAUUUAAAAAUUAUCUUACGAUAAAGCAGAAUGCUCACGCCUAUCAAACUUCAACAUUCUCAAAUUAUCAAAUUAAAUAUUUUUUAUUCUUCUUGUCAGAAAAAUAUGUACGUGACGAAUUUUAUAAUUAGGUAAAGAUUAGAUAAUUCAACAACGAUAGGAUAAUAAAAUUUAAAUGGAUCGAAAACAUGCGAGAUCAUUUCCUAUGAUGAAUCGUGAUAAGUAUUAAGUAGAAUAGACAGAUAUUGUUUAUUUCAAGUCUAUCUAAUAAAGCGCCCAGUAUAAUUUGAUUUUCAUGACUAAGUCGAGCCCUGAUGACGAGUGAACACGUGAAAACGUGGGAAGGAGCGGGAUGAAUGCUAUCGUUCCGCGAUAAUGGCCGUAAUGACGACGAUAAUGCCUCGACACACGCGUCGCGGAACCGGCGGCUUGAUAUAUCGUUUAAAUCACGACCGGCGUCAUUACGUACGGAUGCUUCUCGUCGUAACAACGAUUCUGACGACAGAGAGUGCUGGAGUUAAGCGCACCCUAUGGAGAAGAUGCUCGUACGGUGUCGUUAACGGUGUCAUCUCCUUGUCGUCCACCUACGCGAACGGCUGAAUAUGAAAGUUCUCGUUUUAGCCUCGUCCAAUAUUACUCGCAACCGCUACGGCGAGGAGACGGAAUUCAUCCUGUACCGCGGGGAUCAGCGUCGCAGUGGAUUAAACUAUGCACGGCCAUGUCGGGAAUGCGUUGAUAACAUUAUGCGCAUCUUUUUCCCUCAUGAAUGUCGCCGAGAUGCGGACGGAUGGAACAAGUGGAUUUAUAACGGAGGCGAAAGAUUCCCGCGCACCUCGACAAGACCACCGCGCACAAGACAGACGCGUAAUAUUCAUUUUGCGAGAUACGCCCCUUGUAACGCAGGGUGGAAAAUCAAGGCCCUACUGCACGAGUUGCCCUCUCCCACUGGGCUAUCCUUCGUCCUUUGUCGACUUAUUAUUCCGCAUUGUACCAAUCGCCAUAUCACGUUCUUCGCUUCUUCGGUAUCGCCCGUCGCGAGAAUCAUGUCGAAUUGGAUGAGUAUCGCGCGGGCACGAUUAAAUUCAUCCUCCAGACGAGCGAGGGAACUAUUCCGCAACAACCCCGCUUCGCAGAUUCGCAACUGCGAGAUUAAGCGAGAAGGAGUGCGACAGUGACGACGGCAACGGUAAGGAAGAAGCGUAGACUCUAGAAGAUGUCGGAGCGCGAGAUAAUGUGUGCACGGUUUAGGUUACAUAUACUAACCCGGUCGCCGAACAAGAAUACGAGCUCUUCUAGCUACUGCAGCUGCGACGUUCUAGCUACUGCAUAUUGUGCCAUAUUGUGUAUACGUUAGCUCGUGCAUAAAAGAAAGUGUUCUUGGUAGAAAAAGAUGAUUAAGAGGAGAAAACAUGAGCACAACGUCCUUAAUUUAAUCUUUCUUGUGUAACUAAAUACGCUAUUACUAUAUACGUUAUCACAACGAUAUAUGUUAUUAAUUGAGCUUUUCAAAUGCUACAGAAUAAUCGAGAAAGCACAAUUACUUUGAUAUUUGCUAAAUACAUUAUUAAAAAAAAUAAAUAAAUAAGAAAAUUAUGGUUGAGUCUCGUGAUAAUCAAAGAAUAAUUAUGCAUUAGACUCGUUAAAGAGCUAUGAAUUUAUUUUUAAUCUUUAAUUAUAUUAUUAUAAAUUUUCUAAUAAUUAUAACAAUAAUGUUUUGAAUAAUACAUAUUACAUUCUUUAAGUCAUUAAAAAAAGGAACAAUUUACUCUAUUAAUUGCGGCUUCUUAUUUUCUUUCUUGCACGAUAAUUUUGUAACAGUGACGCAGAAAUUUUUCCAUCACCUAUGUCUAUCAGGAGCAUGUUCGGAUGCGCUAAAAAACCGCGCAAUAUAGUUGCUCCGGGAAAAUAGCUUUCAUUCGUGGCAGAAUAAUUGAGGUCACCGCACCACUUCGAUGAACGUGGAAAUCGGCCAAAAUCCCGAAAAUCGAAUUUUCCGCCUUCGCUCCAAUUUCAGUUGGCUUUUAAUAAGUCAACAGACAAGCUCGCUCGAUAUUCAGCCCAACGUACGGUACCAUGGCAUAGGCCAAUACCGAAUGGUCGUUCUCUCCCUCGACGAAGGCGCGCAGUUCGCGUUUCGUUCCAACGCGUCACGUGCACGCCGUCACCGCGAACCACUUCAAAUCUGACACCGCAUCGGCGCACGUACGCAGCCGGUUUAAGCGGGCAUGUUUGCACUGCCAGUGUUCCGCUAACGAACCUAUCUAACCACCCCGAACCCACCUCGCGAACCCUUAGCGACCCGGCUGAUUCCUCGUCGUCGCUGUAUUCAACUGCCAUGUUUCGCUCACCGCUUCGCAUAUUCGCUUUAAUGACAUAAGUCGAAACGCCGCGAAACUUUUGACGCGCCGAAAUCGUUUUUCUAAUUCGCAGUCGCAGCACGUUGCGCCUCAAUUUCGGAGAAAAUUUAUUUCUUCUAUUUGCAUACGCAAACAGUUAUCUUUUUUUUUCCUCAA